GCUCGCGGCCGGAAGUGACGUUGCGCCGGGAGCGCGCGGCCAAUCGCGGUGCCGCUUACGUCGCGAGCGGAGUCCAAUGGCGCGGCGGCUCGAGGUCCCGCCCACCGGGUCGGCGGUGACGUAACGCUCCGCUCGGCCAAUCGCCGCGCUGCGGGCCGUGAUGGGCGGCGGGCGCGGCCUGUGAGGCGGCGCGGGGGGCGGGCGGUGCCGCAGGGGCGGCGCCCGGGAACAUGGCGAAGACGUACGACUACCUGUUCAAGCUGCUGCUCAUCGGCGACUCGGGCGUGGGCAAGACCUGCGUGCUCUUCCGCUUCUCCGAGGAUGCGUUCAACGCCACCUUCAUCUCCACCAUCGGCAUUGACUUUAAGAUCAGGACUAUAGAGCUCGAUGGCAAGAGGAUCAAGCUGCAGAUAUGGGACACCGCCGGGCAGGAGCGAUUCCGCACCAUCACGACGGCGUACUACAGGGGAGCCAUGGGCAUUAUGUUGGUCUAUGACAUCACCAAUGAAAAGUCUUUUGAAAAUAUUCGGAACUGGGUCAGGAACAUUGAAGAGCAUGCCUCUCCGGACGUUGAAAAAAUGAUCCUUGGGAACAAAUGUGAUGCAAAUGACAAAAGACAAGUUUCUAGAGAGCAAGGGGAGAAGCUUGCAGCGAGUUUUGGAAUUAAAUUCAUGGAGACCAGUGCAAAAGCAAAUAUAAACAUAGAGAAUGCAUUUUUCACUCUUGCCAGAGACAUCAAAGCAAAAAUGGACAAGAAGUUGGAAGGCAAUAGCCCGCAGGGCAGCAACCAGGGAGUCAAAAUCACACCAGACCAGCAAAAGAAAAGCAGCUUUUUCCGAUGUGUUCUUCUGUGAGGGACACAGCCUUAAUCUGAGCACCUGCUCAGCCCAACUGGACUGUGCCUGUUCUGAGUGAGACUUCUCUGUCUGUGGACUCGAGCGUUUCCAGCAUACCUUGUCACUCUGUGACCAUCUGAAUAAGAAAUUGUUUAUUUUAGUAAUUGUCUGACUCUUCAAUUUUGGAGAUGAAACAAGUUUAUUUUUGUCAGAUUGCCACUGGGCGGGCAGACGUUUUGUGUAGCAGAGGGAGUACAGAUUGAACAUGACCUGUAGGAGCAGCUCUGCUGGCAGGCUUCAAUCUUACUGUUUGUAUCUGUAACGUAUCCAAAUUAGAAAGAUUAAGCUAAAAUCAGAAACUGAAAUGCCAAUAUUAAUAAAGUACAGGUACAUGUACUUGAUACAUGCACGUAUCUGUGUCAGGAUGCAUAUGAAGCAGUUGCAUCAAAACAACCAAUAAAUGCACUUAUGUAGGCAGUACAGGCUGCGCCUUCUCAGAAGGUAAAAGGAAGCUUUUUACAGAUCACCUCUUUGCUACUACAGAAACAAUUCUCUGAUCUGCUCUUCUUACUCAGCUGUGUUGUAGACAAUCCAUGAGUACAACAGGAGCUUAAAAAACAUCCCAAGGAAUCUCUAUUUUUUUAGGAGAAGCCAGGUGUGCUGUAGGUGUGAUGGUUCCUCACUGCCAGGAAUUCCAUUCUCUGUUCCAGCUAACCAGACUUAAUUAAAUGGUCCACACAUCUGGCAGGAGAGCUGCAGAUAUUCUGCACUCUGUUUUAAUGCAGCCCACAGGGAUACGAGUCCAACACUGCACAUCCCAGGGAACAGCUUUUCCUUCUCUAGUUGAAAAUGGCCCCCAAUCUGUCCUGAUGUAGUAGCGAGUUAUAAAUUGUGACAAGGAGAUGUAUUGCACUGCUUCCAGUUGUGUGUCCUUAUGCACACUUGCUCACAUAUGCAAAUAAACGUUGCACAUACGAACACUUUCUGAAAACAACCUUUUAAAGCUGAGAUUUGCCUUGCUGCCAUGCAUUGAUCAUUUCAGUUUUCAAGCAGCAGCAAACCUGUUAAUAGCAUGCAUCAAUGCAAAUGAUGUUUAGUCCUCAGUGGAAAUAUUUAUUCUUAUAAACACAGUCUAUUACAUUCCAUUGUAUAAAAUGUAACGGCCUAGUAAAGCACCUAGGUAACUAAUUGCUCUCAUUUGAGAGGCUGUAAGCCUGACUAAUUAGAUUAAUAAAAGGAGCCAGUAAGAGCAAUCUACUUAGAAGUCUGCUGUCAGUAAUUGGAGUUCUGGUAUAUAUAACCCAAAUGAACAUAUCAGCUGUGUCCUGCAACUCACUGGAAUUGUUAACGUGCUGCUUUGUUUACAUUGAAAACUGCACUUAAGGAUAAAAUUAAAGCUCACUUUAAAGAUAAUGAAUUUACUUACCAGUUUUGUUUUCUUCAAUUUUCUGGUAAUCUGUCUUGGCCUCAGAGGAGCACUCCAAAGUGUUACUGGAGUCAGUUAUAAAUCAGAGAGAUUUUUAAACUUACCUGCAGCGUACAACUGAGCUCAACAGGAAUACUGCCUGCUUUUCUAAAAGAACAAAGGAAAUUGUGCUGUGUAAGUUACUGGCUUAAAAAAUGCAUUCAAAAUGCCAUCAACUUUUUUCUUUUUAAUAGCUAGCAGAUUAAAAUGAGCUCUGUUCGUUAUUAAAUCUAUCUGUGAAACCUUCCUCUAAGCAGAACCUUGUAUUGUUUGCUUUGUUUGCUUGUGGCUUUUUAGCGUGAGGACUUGGUGACAGUGCACCAUAGGAAAUGACACACAGACAUAUUGGUAGGAUAAAAUCACUUCAGAGGCACUGAAGAACCUUCUCGUGCUCCAAAGGAUAGUUCCUACAGAGCUGUAGACCAGACAAGCAAUGCUGCUAGCUUGAGAUAAGAAUGGGGCUUUUUUAGCAAAGGAAAAAAAGACUGCUCUGAGGACUUACCAGUAUGGAGUUGGGGAGGUGCUUAAGGAAUGGUCUAAUGCUGUUCUCCUGCACAAAUCAGAUCUGCUUCAUCUUUUGCUUUUGGCUUAGUGGUACAUGUGGAUUGUGUCACAUCCAAUCACCUCCUUUAAUGUAGCCAGAUGUUGCAGCCAGAGUUACUUCAGGAAGUGACUGGGAAAAUCAUUGGUUAGUCUGCCCUGGUGUCACAGGGCUGCCCGUCGUGACAGUGGCUCAUGCCCAUUGACAGCAUCUAAAUUGUUUGUCUUGAGAUAGGAAAGAAAUACCAUAUUGACUUACAAACCAAAUCAUCUUUAAGCCUCCAUCUGCUAAGUCUGAUGUUACUCUUUUGCAUUAAAAGCUAACUCCUUGUCUGUGAACAUGUUUGUUUUUGGGUUGUUGCCCAUAUCAAUAUAAUAUAACUUUCAGCAUGAUUUCCUUUUCUGAGCUGAUUGGUUUUGCUCAGUGAACAGCUGUGAUAUUGCCCAAUCUCAGGAAGGUUUGUGCAGUUACUGUGACCUGCAGUCAUCUCCGUACUCCUAUAGUAUGCAGACUCUUUGCAGAAACUGAAUCAGUGUAAACAGUAGGAAAGCUAAAAUGCAAAUAUAGGACAGGGAAAGCUUAAAGACACCGCAGUUGCAUGUCUGUGUGGCUACGUGCUGCCAAGUACUGACAACAAAUAUGGAAUAAAUACAGCAUGUAGUUGAUGCUUCCAUCACAUAAUUGAAUUAUUGUGUCACUGAAUAUAGGAGUGCAUUUAUAUGUAAGCUUUCGUUAACUAAGGCAGAACAAAUCUGAAGUUGGAUACAGAAGUUAUAAAACAGGAAUUUAAGUGGAUCUGAAAAGCUGAGAAUGUGCUUGCCACACAUUUUCUAUGUCUAAAUACCACUAAAAUGCCAGGUAAUCGUUUAACACUUGGUUUGUAGAGAAACAAACCCAUUUUUGAGCAUGUUCUCAAAUUCCUUUAAUGAGGAUCAUAGAAUUCUGUGGUUGACCUUAUUUUUGAGGCUGGUUGCAGUAUGCUGGGUAGGUUUCACCCUUUCGGGUGCUGAGCUGUCAGCUGAUUUGUCAGUGUGUGGUGGAAGUGCUGUUUCAGUGCUGACAUUGUCCAGUUCCUGUGCUGAUGGGCACCUCUCACGUUCCACAACAUCAGAGCCUCAUGCUACCAUCUGACUUUCAGCCUCAGAUUUAUAAAUCCUAUGGAUUAUUGUAAGUCUCAUUACUGCUGCUGGAAAUUAUUUGGUCUCCUUUCGUGUGGGAUAGUAAUCAUCUUACUGACAACUGUAAAGGGUUUUACUGUUGUGGUGGUUUGGCUGAUGCUCACGCUCAAAAGCUGCUGGGAUUUCUUGUUUUCUUGGAUAAGAAAUGGAUGGAGGUUAUGCUGGAGAGGAAGUGGACAAAUGACUGCUGAAAGAAUGGUCUCCAAUUCUGCUAGAAAGUCAUGGGGGUUGGGAAAGAAUGAUGACUAACUUGUGUCUUCGUUUAUAGAUGAAAUAAAGAUCUGUUCGAUUGAACAGUAAUGGUAACGUGCAGCUUGAUUAUUUCAGGCUGCCUUAUUCUUUGACCCACUUCUUUCACUGAUGCUUGGAGUUCUUGUCUUCUGUAGCUGAUCAAAGUGCAGCAGGCUGCUCUCCAGCCUCUGCAGGAAUCGUGCUCUAAGCUGAGCGUGAGUUGGGACUCAUGAUUUCGUUCUGAGGGGAUCUUUCCAUAUCCCAAUAUUUUAAUAAGCAACUGUAAACUGUGUUUAGAAGGACCACUUUUGGCUGCCACCUUUCCCACAUUACCACUGCUUUCUUAAACACUUCUCAUUGAUUUUGAUGUUUGUAUAAAAGACAGAACUGUUGUUUAUUACAGUAUGUAUGUUUUUACUCUGUACAGGACCCUGAGCACUGCAUAAAUAAACUUCUUAUAAAGAGAA